UCGAAGUGAUGGCGACGGCCAGCAGCAGUGGAAUAAGACAUGGGUCUUCCUGGGUUCAAAGAAAAAUUAAUUUAAGGCCACAGCAUCGAGGGGCUCACUUAAUAACAGACGAGGUUGUGAAACAAGUGCCAGAAAUAUCCCUGUUUGCAGUUGGACUCUUCCAUAUACAAAUAAUGCACACAUCUGCGAGUCUCGCAUUGAAUGAGAAUUGGGACCCUGAUGUGAGGGACGACGUUGAAAACUUUAUGAACAAGCUCGUUCCCGAGAAUCUUCCGUACCAGCAUUCCUGUGAGGGCCCUGACGAUAUGCCAGCACAUAUCAAGGCACUUCUGUUUGGGUCCAGUCUAUCCAUUCCCAUCACAGAAGGAAAGCUAAACCUUGGAACGUGGCAGGGCAUCUGGCUCUGUGAACACAGGAAUCGGGCAGGUUCGAGGAAAGUGGUGGUGACAAUCAAUGGUUCCCUGAAAGAAUGAAGCGCCCUCUUGAUCCACGUGUGUGCCACACCACAAAAAAAAAAAAAGACUCUCCUUCACAUUUGUACCGAGCAAUGACCAAAACGGGAGGCCGCGAGAGGGCUCUGCUCAUCACCCAUCGUCGCGCAACACGCCGACCGCGUCGUUCUCCACUUCCAUCGUCCCGACAGAAACGCAAAAAACAAAAAGCGCACACUGCCACAAUGACCACCCCCCUGCCCGGCCCUGUCCGGCCCUGUCUGGCCCUGUCCGACGUCUCUUUCUCUCUGGGCCCAAAAAAAAAAAAAUGUGUGUGCGGAAGAACUCGCAAGUUGGUUGUGCUCCUAAGGGUCAGGUGCUCCUCUGGGAAGUGGGUAGAUCAUGGUACUGGCUUCGCAACCUCAAGGAUGAUGAUGACGACGACGAUGUUGAAGAUGAUCCACGUUGCCUUUUGUCGUUUUCACACGUACGAGACUUUAUCUUAGACUGCGACGAAUGGGUUGUGCCGCACGUAGACGCUUGUAUAAAGUAGGACAUUGCUCUUUUUUUUUCCCCGGUUGAAUUUUUACAUGGUGCUGCUGCGUUUUUGUGUUUGUUUGUCCGUUUUUCUCUUUUGGGUCGAGAAGUAAAGUGGUCGAUUUUUUGGUGGAAGGUGGUUAUGAUGCUAGCGUCCAUGUUGAUUGUACUACGAUGAGGGUUUGAAAUGAAUGAGCAGGCUGUCUUGCUGAGUGCAUAGUCUUUUACGAAUCAAAGCUUAUGCUUUUUUGAAGACUACGAGAAAUUGAAAUUAUUUUACUAGUUUACCUCAAGGCCUCUGCGGUCUUUAAGGGUGGUUAUGGAUGUAAAGCUGUAUCAUUAAUACACAUAUAUAUAUAUUGAAAAAGAAGCGCGCAAUGUCAGGAUAAUUAUUGUCUUCACAUUGCAACAUCAAUUCGUAUUUAGACAAUUUGUGCAACAUAUUGUGUUCUGGAACUAGUUUGAACUGUCACCUGGAACUGAUUGUAGAUGCAAGCACACGUCUGCUUGUGUUCAGAUAAGUUUGAUUCCUAUAGGUAUUGGUCAAUGCUUGGUUUUCUAACUUUAUAGAACAAGUUUACAAAGUCGAUUUGUCGAAUUGGCUUUACUCACAGUUGAUAUUUGUUUGUUUUAAAGUAAGUCAUGUCUCGAACUGUUUUGAACGGGAAAUGUUCAAAGUUUGCAUUCCCAGGCACACACACACACACUCCCUUGCCUUAUGUUUUGUUCCUGUGACUAAACUGUGAACAAGAGUAUUUCAUGUCAUAUACCCUACUUGAAUUCAAGAAAUUGCCACACACAACUUCCUCUGGAAUGGUAUUAGAGCAAUUUUGAUAGUAUGUGUCUGCCUUCAUGUCAUGUUUUUCUUUUGUUAGAGGGACUAUGAAAUUUCUCGAACCCCCAUACUUUUUUUCGAUGGAAACUGUUCUUCCCGCAGAGAAACUAAUAUGCCACAAAUUUUUCCGGACGAAAUCGCUCCACUCUGUGAGAAGCGCGCGCUGGAAAUGUCUCUUCCGCGUUCCUCCUCUCCCGCGCAUAUUUCCCUGCCGAUGGUGUAACUGUACGGACCGCUCUUCGGUUCCCCGUUACGUCACCGGUGUUGCACAAUGGCAAGUAAUGCCGCGAGCUCGCGCUGUGGCUGCCGCCACUGCCGAAAUCUGCCGAUCGCGCGAAAGCUGCUGUCAUGGAGAUUUCCACUCCCGAUGAACGCAUACGCGGGAUCCUACGGCGCAUGCUCCUGGCGGGAUUCCUCGGCUCGGCAACACGUCACGAUGACGUGUUGCUGAGCCGGCCGUGGUCGCGUCAAGUUACCCGUUGUGUCUCCGCUCGGCAGCUCGUCACGGCGCGGCGCCAGCUGUCCUCCCUUCGCCGCUCCGUUUAAAUUCGCUCCUGAGAAAUCCGCUCGCGCGACGAAAGUAAAACUUCGGUUCUAGACUCAGAAAAAUGUCUUGUUUCGAACAAAACGAAGAAAAAAAUCGUUUCAUAGUCCCUUUAAGACAAUUUUCUUGACACUUUUGAGGGCAAAUGGCAAAACUGUUAAAGGAACAAUGAAGAGUUACUUAGUAGUACUGCUCGCAAAACCCUGCGUCACUCAUCAAGCAGUUAUAUCGAAAGCCACAAUACAAAAUAUUUUUGCUGAACAAUGUCUUAUCAUUGUACAAUUUAAUUGGAAUGGGCCUCAUCCCUUGGCAUGUCGUAGCAUAAGUAGGGUUCUUCGUUUUUGGGUUUUAUGGUUUUCUAAAUUUGUGGGCGGUCGCGUGCUAUUUACACACGAGAAUUCGGAGAGAAAUCUGGUGCUACAAUCUCUGUCUGAUAUGUCAUCGGGGAAUUUUUGGCUGAAACAAAAUGCACAUGAAACAAGCCACUGCUGUGACACUGGGACGAGAAAUAAGAACCUUUAUAUUUCCACUCGGAACUCGGGCAGUCAAACACUUGUCCCAGCUCCACAAAAGCUCAUCUUUGACUCCUGCAAGAAGGAAUUAUAAAAGGAGGACAAAUAGGUUGUCUGCUAUUAUGACUCAUUUUUCCGACUGUUAACCUAGAACGACAAGUUGAAGGACCGCGGGGAUUUCAGGUAGAUAUCUGGUUUCACCUGAAUUCUUGGAAAACUUGUUCGGAGGGGAGCUAUAGUGAAAAAUAGAGUUUAACCUGAAAACGAAGAACCCUAAGCAUAAGCCACCUCGGCCCACUUGCAUAAAAGUUGAGUACAAGUCUCAGACUCAAUCUCAAUAGUCUUGGCCGUGCAUUAACCACGCGAUCGCUGCUCAUGCGAAAAGCGCUGCCAAAGCUAUUGAGAACGAGUCUGAGAAACGUACUCAACUUUUAUGCAAAUGAGCCCUGAUCCGCACUUCAUGCAUACUCAAAAUCAAGGAAAGGUAACAGAACCUUUUUCGUUUCCGUUACCGCUUCCGUUGCUGACCCAUGUUUGUUUCUGUUUCAGUUUUUGUGAUCCCCCCCAAUUUCUCUUUUUGGGAAGCCUUAAGGCUGUCACAAAACUUAAUAGCUCUAGUUAUAUUCUCUGAAAUCUGUUUUGGGGACUUAGACAACACUUGUUGUCAGACGUUUAUUCAAAAAUAUAGUAAGUGGUUUCUUUCGACACCUAGUUAAUACAUGAACAAGGUUUUCAUGAAUGUUAGUCACGCUUGCAACGUACAAGUCACCAUGAGUGUAUAAGAACUAUGCGUCUACUGUUUACUAUGUACUUACAUGCUCCAUUGUUUCAUAGUUCAUUUUAGCUUUACUUCCUCAUUUAAUUUUAGUUCACUUCCUUCACCUGUAUUCCGUAAAUUCGUCUAAAUCGUACGGUACAGGAUUGGCAGUAAUUCAGGUCCUGCAGUACCCGAAUCAUUACCGUAACUUAUUUUUGUUUCCGUUUCUGUUUCAGGCAUUCUGAACACGAUAGCUGUUUCUGUCACUGUUACCCGCUGUAUUUCCUGUACAAUACUGUUUCAGUUGCUGUUUCAGGUAUUCUGAGCACGAUAGCUGUUUCUGUCACUGUUACCCGCCGUAUUUCCUGUACAAUACCGUUUCCGUUUCUGUUACCUUUCCCUGUUCAAAACGACGCGGAGGGACGUCCACGUCAGUUAUUUUCUUACGGGUUUUCUGAACGAGUUGAGGGGUUUCGGGUGUGCUUUCAAAAUACUUAUGAGAGCGCUUUCUCUGCUUCGUUUAAAGCUCUGCAAGUAUCGAAUACAAACAUUGAACGGACAACAUAGAAUUAAUCACACUAGGAACAGUAGUGACGACAUCACUUCUGCAUUCAGUCUGCACUUGGUAGGAUGGCCUGCGUCGUACGGUAUCUCAAGAGGAAUAUGCACAAGACUGUGUUCUUACGGGAAAUACAUGCCAUUACGAAACGAAUACUAUGGAAGGUUGCUUUUUGCAACACACCGAGCGAAAAUGACAUCAACCUUCAUUUGAGAGCCCGAUGUGAAGUGGGCAAAUUUCUCGCGAAUGUCGCGUCGUUCCUUUGUGUUUUUUCCUUUUAUUCUUUUUUAAAGACCCUCAUGCACAUGUUUUGAAUAUGUCUCAAGUGAGAAAAAUGUUCAAGCAAAGUAUCUGUCAUGCUCCAAUGUUUUACCAGGUUAUGAAUGGAUCUAUCCUUUCAUUUGUUUUAACAUACCAUGAAACAAACUAUACUAGCAGUGGAGUACUGAAGCGUAAACCGCUGAAACGUGUCACUGCGGGCCCGGAUAUGUGUGCAAAGUAUGCGUACUUCUUGUAUGCAGUAUCGUAAUAAUUAGCAGUAAGUGAAGACGUUACGCUUGUUUCAUAUUUUGUGGAUUUUAUGUAUCAAAUUUUAUAUAUAUAUGUAUAGUAUAUACAUGCUCUACUCUUCUGCACCCCUUAAUUAUUUCUGCAGAUUUCAUAUGGAGUUUUAAUUUGUGUUAUGCAAUUAAAUGCAAUAACACCGUCAUCAAAAGCAAAUGGAGAUGAAAGGAAAAAGAUCAACUUUUCGUAUAUAUUGCAGGUAUGUGCACAUGCAUAUUUUGCACACCUAAGGGAGAGUAAGACUUAAUGGAGUACCAAAAGUACUAACCAAAUUUAUGUAAAAGAAGGCACAAGUUCAGUUUUUUCAGUGGCACAGUUAGUACUAGUCUUAAUGAUGCUAUUGAUGCAUUGCAUGCAUGUAUUGCCAGCUAUUUUUAUCUUUGUUCCUGGUCUUAUGGUUAUUGUGCAUACAAAUCCGAGCCCAUAACACAUGACACUUAUUGACACCUCUCUGUGUAUGGCAGAGUUUUCCAAGAAUUUGAGAUAAGAUAUACUUCACAGUGUCACGAUACAUUGUUUUCAUUAAUUUACAACUGUGCACUUGUUCACAUUCACGUUUGCACAUCUUUCAGAAUCGAUGCAUUUUUAAAAACGUGUUGAAGCAUUUAGGUUGAAGCAUUGAGCAUUUUGACGAAACAGCAAGUCAUUGCAACAAUGACAGAAUAGAUAAAGAGUGUGUAUGUCUUUACAAGAAUGAUAAUGCCAAAACUUUUGUGGAGAACCAGUAGGAGACAUUGUGCAGCAUUCAAAUUGAGCUCUUGCAAACAAUUCAUGUAACUCGUAUGGUUAAGUACGACUGCAAGAGCACUUAACUGAUGUUGAAUUAAAUGUCUAAGUUUUCAGGUUAAGGCUCUCCCCUUAACAUUUCGCCCACGGUUAAGCAUAUUCCACAGUUUCUUGGUUGCAAUAUUUGAUUGCACUGGAUAGCCAGGAAAUUUUCAUUGAAAGUAUUGAUCUGUGCAAGCAUGUUCUCUUCAACAGAUUUGAUGUUGUUAGUGCAAUAAGUUUGAAGUUGGUCAAGUAUUGUUCUCAACUUUCGGUGACAAUAUUCCGGUAUUUUCCACGGAAUGCCUGUCGUAGCUUUGUUUCGACUAUUGAUUAGUGAAAGUGAAGAACAUGUUGACUGGUGUAUCCUCAUUAAUACAUUGACAGGCUGACAAUUUUGAGCUUGAGGCCGGUGAGAUAUUUUUCACAACUUUUUGUGAUGGUACUCGAAUAUUUUUCACUGAGCACUUGCUGUAUCUUGAACCUAAAAUGUUGAUUGAUGAAUGCAAAGAAUGUAUUGACCUGUGAUUCUGCAAAUGCUUGUUGCCAUACCUUGAUGACACUCUUAUUCAAGCUUUGUGAGAUAUCCUGCCAAUCUCUUUUGGAUUGUUGCUUCUCAAAUGCUUGUAGGAUUUAGUUUUUGCUCUGUACCUGCACACACACACAAAGAAACGGCAUCGCUUUGUAGCUAUAUUAGGUUUAGAGGAGUACGUACGAAGGGCUAGAUAUCUUGGCACUCUUUGAUUUCUUCCGUCUCAAGACAAAACCAUCCACGGUCUCCAGAAUCCGUUUCGUUUUUUGCUACAUCCUUCGAUGGAUCGGAGAUUGCUAUUUUUUAAUGCGUGGGGUUGAGGAACUUCCACACGUACGCACGAAUGUCAGACCACUUCGGGGUUCCUGUCACACGUAGCAACGUUUUUGUCUGUCAGUAUUUGAGAACGUGUCAUUCAGAAACGAAAUCUGAGCUGAUUAGGGGUGCAGAUAAAGGUUGACAUGGAAGAGCGGUGACGGGCAAGAUAACAGGUGGGAAAAGUGCACAAAGUAGAGUACAAAGACAGUUAUUUGUUGUGUAGUAAUCGAGGAUUGUUAGAUGGCCAGUAGCAGUAAAAGUAAUUCAUAAGCACAAAGCACAGAAAACAGCAGACAACACGGACAAGCUCACUUGGAGCUUGUCUGUGUCGUCUGCUAUCUUUUUUGCUCUCCCCAUUUUGGAAUGUAGACCCAUACCGACGCGUCCGUCUUUCAGCUCUCACUCUAGAUUAGGGAUAUUGGGGAACAGACGAAGGAACAAAAUGGAACAUCAGGAGCACUGACUGGUGGGGACAAUCCCUGAGAUACUUCGACAUCCCCGAUCCUCCUUGUACUCGGACUAUUUCUCUAACAAGGCUCGCAGACCACCCCAAAUUGGGGAAGUCACCCAAAAUUGGGGAAGGAAGAAGUUGUGUGAAGGGCGACGUUGUGGGCAACGACCAGCAGAGUACAAGGUAGAAAAAGUGUAUGAGGAACACUUCAAAGUAAUCCAUCUGGUAUUUUUUAGGUGGCCGAUAGUUCCAAAUAGCUGCAAAAGGGUAAUUAUAAAAACGAAGCUUGGUUAGGGAAUGUGUUACUUUAGGGAACAACGUGGGUUGAUAUUGGGGGACAGUCAAGUGCAAGAUAACAUACAUAAAUGUACCUAAAGCACAGUACAAAGCACAUUAUUUGGUACAUAUUUUGAGGAAUGUCUGCUGCCUCGUAGCUGUUAGAGGGUGACACGUAAAUAAGAUUCGAAACAAUUGGCGGAAUGGGGCAUUGUGGAUUUGGUAGAGGGCGCAGAUGUUGAUACUGGGGCAGACAAAGUAUCUGCUGUAAAGUAUAAAAUGUGCUCUAAGUAUAGUACAAAAUACAUUACUUUGACAUGUGGAAACUAUUUGGCCAAUAGUUGUGAAGAAGUAAUUUGGGAUUGGAAAAUGAACCUGUUUGGGAAUCAAGAAAGUACGAAGGUUCGGAAAUUAUGGUAAAUCUUCAUGUGCAGUAUAUGGACCUCAGCUUGUGAUGAACAUGCAUGUUCGCAACACAAGUUACUGAGCAAAAAAAAAUGUGCAAAAUUUAUGUAAUCAGAUUCACGUUCAAACUGAAAAAGUAUUUCACGCCUUGUACACGAGGAUUGGGUGAUGUAUACAAGGUAGUCCGGGAACAGCGUACGACUUGGUACGUGUGACAUGAGCCUUGCCGAAGUUGUUCUGCUGCUUCUAGCAUUUUAGGGAAUAACUGUACAGACAUUGCUACAGGUUAUAUAGUUCAAACGUGUGCGACUGUUCAGAAGCAAUAUGUAAAUAGCUCACAAUUUAGUGCAGGUUUGCAGAAAAAUUCCAAACUAAAACGUUGCAUUUCAUUCGAGAUUGGCUACAUAGCAUUGUCAAUGUGGAUGCCUGGGUGUGAGAGAUUUUUUGAACGAUUUACAAAUUCUAGCUUUGAACUCUAGCUUUGCAUCAAGCAUUAGAGGCAGUCUUAACUUUUGCCGCAAACGCUUUCUCUGCCUUAAACAAUCAUAAUGGUAGUAAAACCCGAAGCAGAUAAGGAUACAAAAUUUCUCAAUUCCGUUUUAUGGCAGUUGUCCCGAAGGUCUUAAUACUUUUGCCUUCUCUGGUCAAGUCAGCUGCUAUUUCCACACUAGUCAUUGUAUAAGGAGCUUAAAUGACUUCGACUCCUAUUUAUAGAAGUGGCAGGGUGUUCCAAGAUAAAGUGUCUCAUCCCAUGUGCUGUAAAGAGGGCCAGGAAGCCGGCUUAUAUUCUCGAAACUUGUGUCAAAGAUGUAUGGGCUGCAUAAAAUGCUGUGGAAACAAUUUCAUAUUCCCUUCCUCCCUGCAUCGUGGGAAGGCAUAGAAAAGAUAUAUUUACUUCUGUACAUUGCUGAUGGUUAUUGUUCUGUUGGGGUAUUCUGUUUGGUUGUUGUAUAUGUACCGUAUAUCGGCAAAGCUGAUGGUUGCACUGACAUAGCGUGUCAUCUGGGCAGUUGGAACAUCCAGGCCUUGCCCAUUAAUCCUUUCCCAGUGCUUCAUUAGCAAAUGAAGAACUAUUUGUCAAAGGUUCUUCCCCAACCAUUUUAACAAUUCAUUUGCUAAAUCGAUUCAUUGGGAAUGCACUGUUCCAUUCGAAUUUCAGGAUCAAAACUUGAAAUCUAACGUUUCUAUGCAAGUUUCCCAGAAUUUUAUGCACGCAUGGUACAGCUUUUGGCAGUCUGCUCGCAUUUUAAGAACUGAUCACCCACCCUGCUUGAGAAGAUGUAACUUUAUCCGGGAACACCUUUCAUACUGCAGCAGAAUAGACAUAUUGUUCUGUAAGAUUUCAUUCAUUCUAAAUAACGUGCAAUUACUCAAAAUAAGAAAGAUCAACCGUCCUGUAACGUAAAAUUGAGAUGGAAGACAUAUCAGUUGAAGCAUUUGCUUGCCAGUUAUAACUAUUUCGAACGACCUCAGUUCCACACAAACAUCUCCUCCAUUGUAUAUACAGUUUUUAUGUGGAAGUAAGCACGCAGGUCUUUCUGUACAUAAGCUCGGAGAGGGUGUAUGUUACUUUAAGGUUGAGUGACUCGGUAUAACAUGAAAGCGUGCACCGUAGUGUGAAAUGUGCCAAUCAUUUGUUGAAAAUACUUCCAGUGUGCAAAUGAGACUCUUCCGCGUAUUGGCGGUCCUGUAGGAAAAAAAAAACGUUAGCGGGAGGGGAAGUUUUUUGCUCAAGGCAUCUCUUCAGUCCUACAGGGGGUGCCAUGUCACCCAGUCUUCCUGGUGUCUCAAAAAUCCUCGUUUUGUUAAUUAAUAAAGGUUUGGAGUUCUGUAUAGUAGCAAAACAUGA